AUGGCACCCGAGCAGAGACGCCUUAUUAUCGUCUCUAAUCGUCUCCCUGUGUCAGUGAAACGGGUAGAUGGCGGUUAUAAAUCCUCUUUGUCAAGUGGCGGUCUCGUUACAUCGCUGUCCGGUCUGACCAAAUCGACACAAUUCAGCUGGUUUGGAUGGCCUGGUAUCGAGGUAAAUGAUCCUAAGGACCGUGAGGAGGUAUCGAAGAGCUUGGCGGAGCAUCAUGCCGUGGGGAUCUUCCUGGAUAAUGCGCUGGCGAACGCGCACUAUAACAACUUUUCUAAUUCCAUUCUCUGGCCAAUCCUCCACUACCAAUCCGGCAUGACCUUCGACGAUGCGCCAUGGCACGCGUACCAAAAAGUGAACGAGCUCUUCGCCGACGCAGUCGCUAAAGAAGCCAGAAAGGGAGAUCUAAUCUGGGUGCACGAUUACCACCUUAUGCUUCUACCUAAGCUUCUCCGCGAGCGUUUAGUCAAGCAGGGAAAGAAUUGUGCGAUUGGGUUCUCGCUACAUACGCCGUUUCCCGCAAGCGAUUUCUGGAGAGCGCUUCCGGUGCGGAAUGCCAUGAUUGAAGGACUGUUGUCGAGCGAUUUGAUUGGUUUCCAUACGGAUGAAUAUAAGCAGAACUUUAUCGGGACUUGUGUGAACUUGUUGGGUGCUCAAACCGGGGUACCGAAUAGGAUUCAGUACAAGGACCGGUUGGUCGAGGCGGGCACUUUCAUCGUUGGAAUCGAUCCGCAGAAGUUCGAUGAUACUUUGAGCAAGCCUGAGGUACAGAAACGGAUCAAGGAACUGGAGGAAAGAUACAAGGACGUCCAUGUGAUUAUCGGUGUUGAUCGACUUGACUAUAUCAAGGGAUUGACACACAAACUAAAAGGAUAUGAUCGGUUCCUUGACGACCAUCCGGAAUUGAAGGAUAAGGUUCUGUUGAUUCAGGUGGCAGUUCCAAGUCGUGAGGAUGUCAAGGAGUAUCAGGAUCUAGAGACGGAGAUUAGUACGAUUGCUGGGAAGAUUAACGGGAAGCAUGCGACCCCUGACGGCUCCCCCCUUCUAUACAUGCACCGCUCCAUUCCCUUCGAUGAACUAACGGCGAUGUAUUCCGUCGCCGAUGUAUGUCUGCUUACCUCCUCACGAGAUGGCAUGAACCUCGUCUCCUUCGAAUACGUCGCCUGCCAGGAGAAGCGCCACGGAGUCCUAGUUCUCUCAGAGUUCGCCGGAGCAUCCGUAUUCAUGAAAGGCGGAAGCGUCAAUUUGCACCCGGCAAAUACAGCUGAACUCGCGCAGGCAAUCCACAAGGCCGUGACUAUGGAUGGGAAGGAGCGUAAGGAGAGAUAUGAGAAAUUGAGUGAAUUUAUCAAUACUAACACGAGUGCUGAAUGGGGAAAGAAGUUCAUUGAGAACUUGUCGAAAAGGCUGUGA